UUUUGCUGCUUUUCUUGAAAUAGAGAACCAGUUGGGACCUCCUUCAAGGUCCUGCCCUAUCAGUACCAUUCAUAUGUUCAAGCCUAUCAGAACUGUCACCUUACAAAAGUUAGAGUCCCUUGCUGCCUCAAUCGCCAGGAAAAUAGGCUUGGAUUUGCUUUCAGUGAACUUCCAUGCUAUAGCUUCCCGUUAUCUCAAGCAUUUAUCGCUUCCUGUUGAGAAAAUUCUUCCUCACGCAUGCCAAGUGUAUGAGUGGUCUAUGCCUCCAGAGUUGUAUUUAUCAGAUAAUGACUCCAGGCUACCUUCUCGUGUUUGUGUGAUGUCUAUACUGAUUGUGACAAUGACGAUUCUUUAUGACCUAAAUGGCGGAAAAUGGGAAUUGAUUGCAUCUUGUUCCAAUAAUUUAGUGUCUGCUGUUGAGAAUGGAGCUGGAGAAUGCGGUUUCAGUUGCAAUGCAAGAGAAUUUUCAAAAGAUUUACAUUCAUAUCUUCCGUACUGCAAAGAUGUGGUUUUCGCUGGACUAGGACCUGCUUACGACGAUCAUGAAGUAAAAAAACUAAUAGAAGUUUUUUGGGACUCCUAUCAAAGCCGUAAGGCUGGCAAAGCAUCAGAAGAUGGGAAAACCAGACAUGGAUGCAGCAGCACACCAAAAGAAAGCGAGAACUUUAGGGAUGAUGCAUGCAAAUGCAAAUGCAAAUACAAAAUGUCAAGGGACGAUGGUGAUUCAAACGUGACAUUAAGACAGAUGAAAGCAGAUAUGAAAGAGAAUCGAUUUGUUUAUAUACCACCAAGGAAAAAUGUGAAGAAGAAAGACGGGUACAUCAGGUAUGCUAGAAAGAAAGAUGGGGCUUAUCUUUAUGCAGUACAUGCUGAUUAUUACAUAAUACUUCGAUCUUGUGCUAAGGUUGCACAAGUUGAUGUUAGGACUAUGCAUGUUGGAGUAUUGGCAUUUGAGUAAAGAUUGGAAAUGCUAGAAAGAAGAAUAGAUUUUUGUUUAUGUAAGAGACUUCCUGAUGAUUUCUGUGAAUUUUGUCGCGAUUAGUAAAGAAACUCAUCAUAUAUUGCCAACU